AAAUUAGCAAAACUUCAUUCAUCCCAAGUUCAUUGGUUUUCUUGCCAUAUAUGAUACAUGAUCAGCGUGCCAGUGUGUUUUUGUCUAAUAAAUAUUUUUGUGUUGAGAAAGCAGAUAUCUCAUUGGAUUUACUUCAGAAAUAUCCAAGCUUGGCAGUCACCAAGGACGUUGUCAACGUUACUCCGAUUCUAAUAUUGUCCAAUGAACCGUCUGCAUUCUUUAGUGGAAGUGGUCUUGGAUUUUGGCAACGUUUAAUUUAUCAUUGUAUAAAGAUAAACAAACACAGUUUUUCUAAUGAUAUCAGUUCCUCUAAUGAUGUUCAAAUUCCUGUUACUUGCCAAAACCAGAAUGAAGAGAAAAAUAUCAAAGUGCAAGUGUUUUUUGGACUUCGUGCAUUGGGCUUAAUGCUUCUAAAGUUCUCUGGAAUCAAGCAAAUUUAUGAUUUGAAGUUGGUCCAUACACGUUCGCUUGAGGUUCUAAAAUGUAUGUGUAAACACAUUGCAACUUUGGAUUACAAGGAAAGUGAAGCAAGUCUAUUGUUUGAUGCUCUCUUUCAAGCUAUCAGUAAUGGCAUGGAGGAGUUCGUGGUUGCAGUGUUUAAAGCCAGACCACAUAUAGUUAAUCUAAUGGAUACAUAUUCAAGAACCGCUUUAAUGUGUGCAGUUGAAUGUCGUCAAGAAAAAAUUUUCAGCUUCUUUUGCAGCGUUGAUUCAUUGAAGCACUGUUUUCAUCGUCAGGAUAAGCGGGAUAAUAAUUGCUUACAUAUAGCAGGGAUGUUAGCCCCUGACUCUCAACUAACUCGCAUUUCUGGAGCAGCCCUGCAAAUGCAAAGAGAACUACAGUGGUUCGAGGAGGUUCAAAGCAUUGUUCCAGAGUGGUGUAAAAAAUCUAAAAAUAAAGAUGGUGAAACUCCUAGUGAUGUAUUUACAAAGAGCCACAAGGAAUUGGCAAAACAAGGGGAGAAAUGGAUGAAGGCUACAGCGAGUUCUUCUAGUGUUGUUGGCUCUCUCAUCAUUACCAUCAUGUUUGCUGCAAUUUUUACUGUUCCUGGUGGUAACAAUCAGGAUACUGGCUUUCCCAUUUUCUUGGGUAAAAAAUCAUUUAUGGUAUUCUUGAUAUCAGAUGCGAUUUCCCUCUUCACUGCAUCCAUCUCAGUGUUGAUGUUUCUGGGAAUCCUCACGUCACGUUAUGCCGAGAAAAAUUUUCACAAGUCCUUGCCUCAGAAGUUGAUUUUGGGCCUUUCAACACUCUUCAUCUCUAUAGCAACAAUGAUGGUAACAUUUUCUUCUGCUCUAAUAAAUAUGUUACAAGGCCGUUGGUCAGUAAUUCUUCCAAUAAUUCUGCUAGCUGCACUUCCUGUCACUCUUUUCAUGUGGCUACAAUUUCCACUCCUUGUUGAAAUUUUUAUUUCAACCUAUAGACCAGGAAUCCUUGAUAAGACAAAGAAACUAUGACCUUAGCACAGUAAAUGUUUCCAACCUUCCAAUCAUCAUGUAAUCUUCGAACUUAUAUUAGUAAUAAAUGCUCCUAAUCAUGUACUGCAUGUUUCAGAAUUCAUUUCUCCAUAAAUGCAAACUCUCAGU